GCACCCUUUCAGUGGCUCUAAAAAUAGGGAAAUAGGUAAAAUUUUCUGAAUUCAGAUUUCAGAAAGAAUCUUGAAAUAGGGUCAAAGAAUAAGGUGGAUUAAACUUAGUUCAAUUCAAGUCACUGAAGACAUUGGUUUCACUGCGAAGAAGGAUCUUGAAAUCUUCCAAAAUUAUUAGGAUUAUUGGAGUUGACGUUUUGAGUAGUUUUCAGCAUCGGUGUCACUUGGACAGUAAAGCCUAAUGCUUUACAAAGCCCAGGCCCAGGCAAGAAUACUCGUCUCAUUCUCGGAGUUGGCGUUUUUUUCCAUAAGCUACCUGCCUUUUUUUGAGACAUACUGGACCAGGCUAAGGCCCACCGUGGGCUGUAAGGCCUAAGAUGAUGAUGAUGAUGAUGAUACCUGCCUUUGGAAUGAACUUGUCUGCACGGUGUUUCCUGGGCGUUUUCAUAUCUCUUAGGUUGAGAAGUGUACUCAGCUUGGACGUGCACAUACUCGGAUUGCUCACGUUUACAAACAAGUAAGAAAGUGUUGAUUCUAAAAUAUUAACACUACUUCGAAAAAUCUUUCAUCUUUGAAAAAUGAAUGAUAUUGCGGACAAUCGAGACAAAUAAUUAAAAAAAAAAGCGAUCUGGCAACAAAAAUUUUUUAGCGGAGGAGGGAGACCGGCCGUGGCCCCGACGGGGGAUACCUGUCAAACUCAAUUGUCAAAUCGAAUAUGAAGACCAGGGACGGCGUGGCGUGAAACGAGUUCAUUCAUCUUUUUCACAUGCUUGUUACCGUUGACGAGUCAAAUAAAUUCGGACGCGGGCUGAGGCCUCGUCAUCGCAAUAAAUAGUUAACAGGAGGACAUUACGCGAUCAUUCUCAAAUCAGUGACAUAAACGGCAGCACGCCUAACCGCCCCGCGAAUCUAAUUUAGUUCGUCUGUGAUAAAAGUACAGUAGUAUCCUGUUAUUAAAUGCUAGGUUAAAAUCCUGUGAUGAACUGUGCUUAAACUGACUGAAGACUGUGUUAACUAAUUCGUGGUGUUUGGAAAUAGAAAGGAAAAAUGGAGGCAUAUUCUGCCGCUGUUUCAUCCAACCUGGAUAUCACUCCAAAUUAUUCAUAUAUUUUUGAUUUUGAAAAUCAUUUUAUUCAUCACAACUAUAGGAAAUGGAUGACAGAAAACUGGACCGUGGCUUUCUAUUACGUUGGAAUCUACAUGGCUUUCAUAUUCUUCGGGCAAUUGUACAUGCAAAACCGACCACGAUUUGAAUUGCGACGCACCUUGAUAGUAUGGAACUCCCUUCUGGCCGCUUUCAGCAUCAUGGGCGCCUGCCGCACGCUUCCAGAGUUCAUCCACGUGCUUCGGAACCAUGGAAUUUACCAUUCUGUCUGCGUGCCAAGUUUCAUCGAGCAAGAUAAAGUUUCCGGUUUCUGGACAUGGAUGUUCGUGCUAUCGAAGCUUCCAGAACUCGGCGAUACGGUUUUCAUCGUCCUACGCAAGAAGCCGCUGAUCUUCCUCCACUGGUACCACCACAUCACGGUCCUGCUGUACACUUGGUAUUCGUUCACUGAAUACACAUCGUCGGCGCGCUGGUUCGUCGUCAUGAACUAUUGUGUGCACAGCGUGAUGUACUCGUACUACGCGCUCGUCAGUAUGGGUAGGUACCCGCCGAAAGCCCUCGCCAUGACCAUCACCGUCCUCCAACUGACCCAGAUGAUCGUCGGCUGCGCGAUCAACAUCUGGGCGCACAACUACAUGACGACCACUCCCUCGCACACGUGCCACAUCAGCCAGAUAAACAUCAAGCUGUCGAUGGCGAUGUACUUCUCGUAUUUCGUGCUUUUCGCUCAGUUCUUCUACAAAGCGUAUCUGUCGCCGAAGAAAGGUAAGAAGGCCAAGGUGGAGCCCCCGAGUCCGACAAAACACGAGUCAAUCAAGAAUUACAACGGCUACCCGAGACAGAGGAACGGACUCGUGUCCACCCACUAGUCGCCUAUAGUUGUGAUUGCUAGUUUAUUGUACAGGUUAUGGCUGUUGUUAAGGUAUUUGGCUUCGAUUGGGGUCGGGAUAAACCGAUAAAAGUACCAAAAACAUUGAAAACGAACAAUUUAAUGUAAGAUAAAGUUUGAAGCGUCAUUUUGAAUAACAGAAAUACAUCGUAACGUCGCUGUCAAACCAAAAUCUGCUAUGUGCAAAAAACUUUUGAAUUAACGAGUAAAAACAUUUUCGUAUAAAAAUUUAUAUGAAGGUGAAUUUUUAAGAACUAUAUCAAAUGAAAGCUAUAGAUAAAUAUUAAGGUUAUAGACACAACAGUUUCUUUAUACGGUAGAUAGGGCUGUGAACUAUACGAAAAGGUCAAAAAGUGCACAUAGCAGAUUUUGGUUUGACAACUAAGAUAAAGUUAAGUACAAGUAAAUGGCUUCGAUGAAGGCAUUUAAUAAGUCAGUUGAAUAAAUCGACCUCAGUCAAGUCAAGGCUCCUGGGGGCGCCGUCUGCAAGAUACAUUCCAUGCUGCUACGUUCAGUUCGGCGGAUCCGCAGCUUGUCGCUUUGAGCUGUAGCCCUCGGCCCACAAGCUUUUAUAUGGUCUCUGUGCCAACCACGAUAGCAUGUGUGUCACGAAUUAAUGAAUUUACGGCGAACGUGUUAGUUUAAGUGUCGGUUUUGGACAACCCUACAUUUCGCCAAUCGUAGGGUAUUCGUUCGUAAUUUUUGAUAUUGCUUUCCGAAUUAAUAAGAUUUUGAGCGGAACUGACAAUUUUUUGUUUAUCUAUUAUACUAUACGAAUUCACAAUUCAUUUAAAAAAAUAUUUUAGAUUUGUUUUGGCAAUUAACAGUAAUAUAGUCACACACACAAAACUCAAUGCCGGAAGAAUGAACCUGUAUAUAAUCUACCGAUUACUUUGUUGUUAUUGUAUUUGCUACUUAACCGUAGUAAAGAAAAUAGUGGUUUUUUUUUAAAUAAUUUAUUUGUAAAGUUUAAUUUUAAACAGCGCUGUUUAAACUUAUUCAUUACGUUUUAUCGAACCGAAGUGCAAUUUGAACCGUUUUGAUAGUUUACAAUUAAUUACUUAAACAAAAAAUCAACUAAGUACAAUUAAUUGUAAUUAAGUUUAUGGAUUAGUAUUUUGAUUGGAAGAAAAUCUUGACUUCACUGUGGAUCGAUUAAAAAAAUUUUGUUGUAGUUUCUCAAAUUAUUGUAAACCGUUUGUUUUGUACUUCUAUUUGUAAUUAAUGAAUAGGCGUUGUUAUUGCUUGUCAAACAAGCGCAUAUAGUAUGUUCGUAGUUGAAUAAGCGAUCGAAUGAAAUUGCAGUUUUAUUUUUGAAUCCUUUAAGCGCAAAUUCGAAGAGCUCUCGCAUUUACCACAGAACGUGUCUUUAGGACAUUUUCAUGUACAGAAACAAGAGUAUAUAUAUAGUAAAUAAGUGCGAAGGUGUUUGAAAUCAGGCUAUAUCAGGGUUGUAACGAAACUUUGCCGUUUACAAACAAACAAAAAAAAAAGCUUUUCAAUUUAUUUAUUUUUCGAUAAACAGAACUUAGCGAAUUGAAAUUGUUUAAUAGGUACAUCGGGCUUAGUGUGUCAGUCAACGUUGGCGCUAAUAUGGCUCGUUCAUUGUUAGGGUAGUGAGCGAAACGAACAUUAGCAAUUAAAAAGAGGAAAGUUCAAAGUAGACUACGUUGUUGUACAGGCUAGUUGACUGGUGUUUUGUGUUUAGUGGUCUUACUUCGGUUUUCACGAGUCCGUAGUCUAUGUAACGAAAACUAGUUUAAUGAGACUCAUCGGCCGCGAAUUAUUCGAAACAUCGGAAUCGAUAUCCUUGUCGACGGGUGAAAGGCUAGAAGUACGGAUGGCUCUCGGCAGUCAGUCAGCUGUGUGCUUAGUGCGAAUUUUUUAACAUUCUCUAUAGCGUCAAAGUUAACUCAAAUUUGUAUAGAGUAUGAACAGCUUCCUUUCGUUUGCCGCUAAGGACGUUGUCCCAACUCCAUACAAAUUUGAGUUAACUUUUACGAAAUGAGAUGUAAUUAAAUAAUGUCCCAAUAAAAAAUGGUGGGAAUUUAUUAAGACUGCUCGGGAGGUUUAGGAAUAACCCUAGAAGUGAGAUGCAGCGACUUGUUUAAUUUCCUCACACUUAUACACUUUCAUAGAUGCUAUCUGACUUAAAACGUAAACCUACAAUUUUUGUAUUGCUGCAUCAUUCUUAUAUUUGUUGACUACGUAUUCGUGAAACAAUAAAAAAUCAGUCAACUUGCCUAUUGUCAUAAAAUAUUAGAAUUAAGAGGAAUUUAUCAUAGAGAUAUUCCUUAUUAGAAAUAACUUAAUACUAUGAACGAAUAGAAUAUAAAACUCGAUAAAGUUUAAAUGAUCGUAUCGAUUUACACGCCUUUACAUUACCUCACGUCUCAGAUUUAAUAUAAAAUGUACAGUUAUUCAAAAUGCUUUGAAUUAAAGAGUAAUAAUUUAAGAAGUCUACUUUAUAAAAUUAAUAUUUCGGGGUGCGAAAUGAAAAGUAAGUACAGUGUGCUCUAGAAUAGUGAUGUAGAACGAAUAAAAUUAAAUCAUGUAGCUUCCAACGUAACGCUUCGGAACAUCGCCGCUAAGACAUGCUAGGGCCGUCUGUGAUUAUAAGGCGGUUAAUACAUUGAGUAUAGAUACCAAUAAAUUAAAGAUCAUCGCCAAUAAUUCACUUAGCUCGGAGCCAAAUUUGAAAAAAAAAAUCAGGAAAGCCCCUGUUAACCUAUAGCCCCUAAAACCUUUUAUAAUAAAAGUUCAUGUUGGACGAAUGUUACUAAAAACGUUUCAAUCGAUUUUAAAUCGAAUACUAGAUGAUAUUCGAUUGUCAAUACAAAUUUCAGAUUUCAUAUUAAAAUCACGUCUUUUCAUCGAUUCAAUCAAACAUAACCGUUAAUUGAAAAAUAUCGAUUAUGUUAUUCGAAUUUGUAGCUAACCGAAUAUGCGAUAGCACUAUAAUCGAUUUAUUUAAUAGUUUUAGCAACUAACGAAAGCCCGAGUCGUAGAUCAAGAAAUGCAGGUACAUGUAGUGAAAAUAAGCUGAUGUUGAUUUUAGGAUCAAGUUACGGAAAUUUGAAUGAUUAUAGAAACAAAAAAGCUUUUAAUUUCAUUGGUACUGAACACUAGAAAAAGGACAUUUAGAUAGUUUUUUGGGGAAUGGGAUUUUACAUUAGAUAAAACGGGAUAAACUUAUUUUAGCUACAAAAAGCUUUACAUUAGAAUUCAUUGGGAGAUUCGCGUAAUAACAUCAGAAUUGUAGUGGAGAAUUCUAGAAUAUGAUAGACGUUUUUUAAUAAUAUUUAUUUGAUUGUUUUGGUCUAUCGUGUAUUCAUAUUUUCUAAUACAUUUAAUUUUCUACGUCAUAGCAUCGAAUGUGUAAAAUAACAGAUGAUUUACAUUGGCUCCGUUAAUAACAAAUAACGCACUGUUUACACGUGUGCAGUGACAUACCACACCUUACUAGCGUUUUUGGUUAGUCACCGGGUUAAUGUAAAUCUGCACUUAUAAUUCUAUGCUUAGAAUGAGAUUGUUAAUUUAUUUAUUUUUGUAAUAAUACGAAGUAUUGUGUAACGGCCGUGUUCUAUAAAAAAUCUUAUUUCGCUUCAAUUAAAUAAAUACUUAUUUUGUUGGGUAAUUUAUUUUGUAUGUUCAUUUCAAGGUUAUUUCAAACAAUAUUUUGUAUUGAUUGUAUAACAAUCUUUGAUUGUUCUGUUGGCUAACAAUUGAGCUAUGCCUCUCUGUAUUUUGUCAACGAAAAGAUGCCAAGAAACAAAAAACACGAUUGCUUACAUAUUAUUCGUAUAGAAAAAGUCCUUUCAAUAAUGAUAAUAGGUGCAGUUGCUUACUUUAGUAAGCGACUAUUACAAUGCUGCAUUUCAAAGAUUAUAUUUUAAAAUAAAACUUUUCAUAGCGGUACUUACACAUAGACAGUGCUACUUAAAAUUUCAACCUGCAUUUACAGCACGUUCAUUGUGAUACGCUGCAUUAAUUAAAAUAGAGGUUUGGAGGUUCACAAUUCAAGAGUUUAAUUAGAACAGUGAGAAUGAUCAAAUAUAUUUUUUAUGAGAUAUGUGAUUUCAAUGCAUGAUUUUAGGGGAACACCUGUGCAUUCUACUAGUAAAUGACGUUAAAAUUUGUGAAUUAUUUUAGCAACAAUUGAUUUUGUUUUCUGGGCAAAUAAAGCGUUAAUGUGUCA